AUGGCUCAUUCAAAUGCACCAACACGGCGGAGGUUCGGUUGCCCCGAUAAUGUCAGGAAAGGUGGUGAAUUGAUGAGCGUUGACAUGCUGUUUGUUGAUGCGAAUUCUAACUCUGGUUUUUACUGCUUCGUGAAGGCAACGGUGACUCAAGGAUCUGUUGGUGCUAAUCGUCAGCUGUGUUGUAUCGUAAUCAGACUACAGAGAUGCUUCACGAUGCUCGUGGACACCGCCGAGAAAGACUCUCAGGCGCUGUCCCUCACAACCCAUCCCGCGGAGAGGAAUGGCUCAGAAGAUGAGCUUCCUACUAAAUGGAGACUUUACUCCGCCGUUGGUAAGAUCUUACUUGAUGAUUGCAACAAGCAUGGCCCAGGGUUCACACAGCCCUCUGUUUUAGGGGCAAUGACACAAGCGGUUCCAACCCACCAGGACAACCAAGCUUUCUUCACGUGGCUUAAACCAGGCUCAUCAGCGACUGCUGUAGUAGCUUGA